CCGCUUCCUCUUCCCCUGGCCUUCCCCAAAAACUCAAGCACGGACCCUCCUGAAUGCAGCCAGAACUAGAAAUGGAAAGGGAAUAGAAAACGAGAAGUUUGAAGCAAAGGGAGAGUGCAGAGGCAGCAUUAGACCAGAAAGAGGAAGGACCGUCCGUCCUGGGGAGCUAGGGAAGGGAACGCAAACAAAACCCACGUGUCCAGGGCUUCAGCUUAAGGGGAAGAAAAACAAACAACCCCACGAGGUCCUGGCUCCGCCCACAGCCGGGUGGACGGGGGCUAUCGGGUCACGUGAGCUACGUCGAGCCCGUAGCGGCACGGGGAGGUGUCACGUGGCCAGUUCUGAGCGUUUGGACGCUUCCGGGGCAUCUUGGGUAACGAUCCCUCGGUGGUCUCGUUCUUUCUGAGUGUCCCGCGGCAAGACUAGGUCAAUGGCGGCCGUGGCGGGAGGUGGUCAGGCCGGGGACAGUGUCGGUGGCGGAGAAGGUGAGCUUGUCAAACCUUUUACUCCAGAAAAAGCAAGAGAAAUUAUAAUGUCUUUGCGACAACCGGCAGUCUUCUGCAACAUGGUUUUUGAUUGGCCAGCCCUACACUGGAAUGCUAAAUGUCUUUCCAAGCUCUUGUGUGGAAAGCAGAUACGAUUCAGAAUGGGGAUGAAAAAAACAGAUACGGUUCCUCAGUUUGAAACUAUGUGCAGUUAUGUAGACGCUACACUUGAGGAAUUUCUGGCCUGGAUCUGUGGUCAGGGUGUUAACUCUGCUGGACCAUUUAGCCAUUAUGAUAAUUCUGAGUUCUGGGCUUAUGCUGACUACAAAUAUCUCGCCAGUGUAUUUGAAGAUAAUACAGAUGUUUUGCAGAAUGUAGCAUGGUCUGACUUCGGUUUUCCUGGAAGAAAUGGAAGAGAAAGCACAUUGUGGAUUGGCUCACUGGGAGCCAACACACCUUGCCAUUUGGACUCCUAUGGUUGUAACUUAGUGUUCCAGGUACAAGGAAGGAAAAGAUGGCAUCUGUACCCUCCUGAAGAUACUGCUUUCCUUUAUCCAACCAGAAUCCCCUAUGAAGAAUCUAGUGUUUUCAGCAAAGUCAAUGUUGUCAAUCCUGAUUUAAAACACUUUCCUCAGUUUCUGAAAGCUCAGAGGCAUAUGGUUACACUGUACCCAGGACAGGUCUUGUUUGUUCCCAGACACUGGUGGCAUUAUGUAGAGUCCAUUGACCCCAUCACUGUCAGUAUAAACUCGUGGAUUGAACUGGAGGAGGACCACCAGGCUCGGGUUGAAGAGGCCAUUACCCGAAUGCUAGUGUGUGCCAUGAAAGCUGCAGAAGAUCCCACCAAUACCAAAGCCUGGUUAAACCCAACAGAAGUAGAGGGAACAUCUCAUGAAAUCAAUUGUCAGUACUUAAAUGGAGCCAUUUCUGCCUAUUGGGAACACAGUAAAGUAGCAGAAACAUUAACACCCACAGAGUUCAAAAUAAAUGGUGAGCACAGAGUGGAGAUGCCCUUAAAAAAGAGGAAAGUGAACAUGCACCCCAGAAUGAAGGAGAAAGGGUCGCCUCUCCCUAAGUCAGCUUCAGGUACAACAAAGCGUGAAGAGAAGAUUCCCUUUGGCCCGGAUCUAAUUCCAGUAACACCCAGCCUUCAAGGUGAAUCUUCAGAGAGAAGAACAGCUGAGAGUGAUGUUAAAGACCUUGUCAAGGAAAGCAGGGGACAUCUGGGGAAAUUAAAUUGUGCAGAAGAGCAACCUUCGAUGAAUAAAGCUGAGACACCACUUGCAGAUAACAUUGUUUCUGACUGUAUCACCUGCCCUUCUCAAGCAUUCAUCUCUACAGAUGACUUGCUAGAUUGUUUGGUGAAUCCUAAAGUAAUCAGUCUAGUAGCACAUCUUUUGUUACAGAAAAGGACUUGUAACUUCUAAGUUUUUUUUUAAUUAAAUGAUGUUACAUUAAAAGGCAUUUUUCCUUUAUUAAAAUAUAUUUUUAGGGGCAGCUAGGUGGUACAGUGGAUAGAG